CGCAUUGAUCAGCUUGCAGCGAGACUUAAGUUCUUAUGGAGCGCCCAUUCCUUGCCCAGAAGUGGCGCGUUCUUCCACCAAUUCUCUCCAGUCACUCGUUUUACACGUCUUCGGACGCUGCCGCUCGUUUUACAAGAUGUUGUCAUGGCUGUGGAUGUUCCUGGCGUUUAUAAUAGGGGUACAAUGCGCUGUGGUAGAGAAUCGUCAAGCGCCGCUCAAUGCAACUGCAAUCUCGACCUCUUCGGAAGACGGACGCCUUCCCAAGGUGGUCUUCCAACCAGUAGCGACCGGCUUUGAAGAAGAAGAAGAAUCACCACGACCAUCGCAGGAAAAUCGCGGACGGAUUUCCCAAUCAACGGUACCUGCCGCAACCGAAUCUUUCACCCAGCCCCUACCAUCACAAGCAACUCCUGGCAUGCAAAUACCUAAUGUUCCGCAACCAACCGCCGCCGCCCAGCUCGUGGAAAAGUCCAGCGUCCCUGAUGCUCAGACGACGGGCAGAGCAGAAGCAGGACUUCCCGUUGGUGUCACCAAGUUCAACGGCCAGAAAUUGACACCAGUUCCGGAAUCUACUUUUAUAAUCUCGGGUCAAACACUGAGUGCAGACAAAACGAUCACGGUACCAGACACAGGCGUUGAAAUUCACCUCGAAGACGGCAGUCUCGUUCUAGAACACCAAAACGAGGGCUGGACAAUCCGCUCUACGGUUCGCACUAUCACACCUUCUCCAUCUAUCGUCGCAGGCUACCCACUCAGUAUGCGAGGGUUCCCUGUAGUUGCUGGCGUAGGAGCCUCCGCUACCACUUACUCAAUCGACAACGAUGGGACCACGCUCGCUAUUGUAAAUGGACGAACAGCCACUCUUGCGCCGCCAUUGUCGCAGACCGUAAUGUUUGGUGGCGAUAUUACCGCUGUGGUGAGCGCGAGCCGAUAUCAGUAUCUCGUAUGGGGCUCAACACUUCAAGUGGAUCAUCCCGUCACUAUCGAUGGAACGGCGCUAUCACUAAGGGCGGACUCGAGUCAGACAGUACUUGCCGUUGGGUCUUCCACGGCUACGCUUGAACCGCCUACCCCAAUUAUUGAUAUGGACGAUGGAUUCAAGGUUACAGUCGUGGAUGGGACGACAAAGUAUAUUAUUGGAGAUCACACGUUGGGACCAGGUGAUGGAUUGUCGAUUUCUGCAGGAGCGGGGAAAACGGUCGUAGCAGUCGGCGGGCAGAAGACAACCAUGUGGAGCAGCCCAGAAGAGAGCGGAUGGAUGAAACCAGGGCAGGACGAUAGGGGUGGUUCGGAGAGACUGGACGUGAGUUGGUUAGCCCUAGUGGGAAUGGGGGCUUUGGGGUUGGUGAUAUAGUAAAGCUUCGCCACGAAUGUCGGUUAGAUCAUCUCUACGAGCUCAUGGCUGUUGAUAUGCAGAUUGACUAACAGUCUAUUUGAGGAAUUCAAGCAUCCAGAAUGGCACGAUGAAUCACGGAACCACCCUCAUGCAUGAAUGAAAAAACAUUGUCUUCAAAUUCGAACACGGAGAUGGGUGUGUGCCACAUCAUACUGCGUCCAACACAGCAGAAUGUUCGAUCUAUUUCCACGUGCAUGCGUAACUUCAUGUUUUCAAUUCUUCAAACCCAGGUGUCUCAUUGCCAAUCUGACCGACUUCUGCCUUCACCGCCACAACCGUCUCCCCGCUCGCCCACCAUUCAUCUUCACCAGAAAACAAAGUAACGUCUUCACCUCGCCAAACCCUUAUAUUGUCACCAAUGAGAGGCCGUCGCUAUUGUUGACGUCAAGUCGCGUUACACAAAGCUCUCCGCUGGACACGUGACAAGCCCACACAAUCAAUAUCAAAACAACUGGACAGCCUCCCUCCGCACUUAACCUCUCCAACACUCUCACAACAUCAACUUUCUGACUUGUUAUCUUGGUAUCCUGCCAAUUGAUUCACUGCAACCAUCCUCUCUCCUUGCUUCACAGCACUCUAUUUCCAGCUUAACGGCGUCCUCUCCUCCAGCUUCAUAGCAUCUCAUCUUCCCGCCGUCAAAGCACGCAACCUCCCAGCUUCAUAGCGACCACCUACACUGCUUAUCAGCAUAUCAUUCUCCCGCUUUCAAGCAUCACAUCAUUCAGCUCAUCAGCAUCA